AUGUCUUCCGGUGACUACUUUGGGUUUAACCCGGCGGAUCAACAUGCUGAGCAACCAGACAGGGAUGCAGGUCAUCCAACUCGAUCGCAGCAGCAGCAGCAGCAGCUACGACUUGCCCACUUUAACCCAAGCGGCAGUUCGAACCUCGACGAGAGCAGGAGAUCUAGAGCCAAUUCGGCCACGCAAUCGAGAUCGCAGUCGGACACCAGGAAACCUAUGCAGGAUCCUGUACUCUCCAGUCCGUUGGACAAUUUCAAAUGGGACGUCACAGGCAACAAACAGCCAUAUCCCAAACAGCAAAUCCAGCCACAUCAUAUUCACUCACUGGGACCUCGAAGCCCAGGAGCCCCCUCAGGCUCCAACAUGUCCAUUAUGCCAACGGGCGCGAGCAACUUGGUCAGAUCUCCAAACGCAACGAGCAGUGUAAGUCAUGGAAACGCAGCCGGUGCUUUAAACAGCGAUUAUUUGGUACAAAGGCACCCAGGAAACUCUCCAGGUCUGCAACCGCUUGGCGGGAUUUCAAGCUCUGCUCAAUCGUACCACAGUUCAUCUUCUACUGGGUCUUCAGCAAGAUCUAGUAGGCGACCCUCUGUAGUUGCAGCCGGGGGAUCUCUAUCAAAGUUCACCGCUCAACAGCAGCAAUUACCACCAAUCAAAACAGUAGGAAGCGCGGGGAGGAGUAUAAGCGGUCCAUCGAAUAACGGAACACCUACGGGUGCAACUGCCGCCAUCUCUGUAAAGGAUAAAAGGCACCACGAUUCAAACACUACCGUCUUGAUUUCUCCAGAGAUGGCAUCCUCAUUGAACACACUUAGCUCCUUGACAGCAUCAACCUUGGCGCCUACAUCUUCGAGCACACCAAAACACCACGAAAGAUCAAUGGUUAACAAGGGUCCCUCGAGUGUUUCUGGUGCAGGCAGUUCGGUUAGUCUCAGAUCCUUCAAGAAACAAUACAUUUUGAAUGAACAGCUGUAUUUAGAAAGAAUGAAGAAUAGAAUACAUGACGAUGAUUAUUACACAAGGGGGAUUGUUCCCACUAAUGAUAGUGAGGAAGAUUUUGAUCUCGAGGUAGAUGAUAUUUAUGACAUUCAAAACAGUAGUGCCAGCAUCAACAAAGCCAACGAUACAGAGAAUUUUGGAAUCAACUUCUUUACGACCAAUGAUCUAAAUAAAGACUCGAGAUAUUACAAUCUGAGCAUUGGUGGAUCCGAAAACCUUCUUAGCAUUAGUUCUACUUUCCUGUUGCAUAAAUUGGCAUGGCUGAAGAACAGUAACCCAAAAAUGGAACAGUCCAUAGAGGAAAUCAAUGAGCAAUUGAAGAAUAUCCAAGUUCGCGGAAAUAAUGACAUAAUUGCCACUAACUUAGGGAUCUGUAUGGAGGAGCUGUUCCAAGAUCCUACGAUAAUGGAAAGGUUUGAAUGGCAAACGAUGUUGAUUAACGUUUUGAAGGGAGAUAUCGUUAGAAGUGAAAAGACAAAGAUUGCUAACGAGAAUACAGCAAUUGGAUUGGACAAAGAAAGGGCAGAUAAUAUAUGGGUGGAACUGAGGGCCUGGAUGAACGGUCGGACUGUGGAAGAUCAAAAAAAGUGCCUAACAUUGUUAAGAAACUCUUCAGAUUCGGUAUUCAAAGAAGUAAUGGAAUUCAAAGUGUCGGAAGAUGCUACUUUCGAUGAACACGAAGUUGCAAUUAACACCUUAUUGGAAAAGUAUUUUAAAGUGCUUACCUUUUGGCCUAACAUGAAGAAAAUGCAAAUUGAUAAACCGAUAACAAAAACCGGUGACUUUAAUUUGAGAAUUGAAACGCUGGUUAGUUGGGCCAGCAUCAAGCUACAUUUGGAAAACGAAAUUACGAAACUAGCCAAAUGGACGCGCUUAGAAAAUUUGAAUUCUAUUUUAUUGGAAGAUCCGCCUGAUGAAAUCAAGGAAACAAAGAAGCAAUUUGCGGAACAGAUUAUGAAAGAGAAAGACAUUGAAACUAUAUUUCAAAAGAAAAUUUUCUUUCCACUCGCUCCUUGGAUUCUGAAGGCCAAAGUAUUCUCUAUUAAGGCACAGAAAUUAAUCCAAGAGUUGAAUUUGGAUAUGCCUAAUGAUAGAUUGGAAGUGCUUUUGCUCUUUCCGAUGGUUCUAUUGAAAGAAAUCAUAUCCGUGAGAAUAGCAUAUGCUAAGAAAUUACAAAAUCCAACUAUGAUGAUGAUUGAUCAAAUGAUUGAAGACUUUUCAUCAUACAUUCGCCUUUCGGUGCAAUUGAAAUCUACACUGGAUAACUACAGACAAGGCUGGCAAAUGGAACUACCUUCUGAUCCCAAUUUUGAUAAAGUAAUAAUCGAGGGUAUCAAAUACCUGUUCAUUCUUUUACAACUGAAAAUUCUAGACGGUACAACAAAGACGUUCAGGACUUCGAAGGAACCCGAGAUUCUGUUGAAAUAUUGGGAUGAUUUGAAGAACGUCGGCUAUUACAUCAAUGGCGCUGGUAAAGUAAUAUCCGUGGGUUUCAGUAAGUUGACUCUAAGGUUACUACAUCGCUUACACUCUUAUCUGCUACAAGAACAAAAUAGUCCACCUACACUAAAAAGCGCUAAUGACGGAGAACGUUGGCUAACACAGAUCUUUGAAAAUCUAGGAUCCAUGAAGCGGAAAUUGAAUAGGUUUACGAACGUUUUGACUAAGGCUUUUCAGAAUUCCAUAAAUUACAAAAUUGAGAACUAUGAGCGUCUAGUAAACGGCCUGAUAGAAACGGACCAUUUUCUGAUCUAUUCGGGCGGUGAACUAGAAAACAAUGGUGUUUACCUUGUGGCAAGUAGGGAACUUCUUGGUGUAACUGAUGCCGAAAUAUUUAAGAUUUUGGACAGCACCAAUAUAGGCUGUGAUUUGAUUCCAAAAUUGGAUAUCAAGAAUAGUUUGACAAUUUACAACGCAAUCGAGAUAGAAAAUGACGACAAUUCCACCAUUGCUCAAAGUCACGAUAAAGACGGCGUGCCAUAUCAUUCGAUAGAAACCAGAUCGUUCUCACACCACCGUGGAAAUCUAUAUUCCCAAAACACACACAAUACGAGUCAGUAUCACGGGUUAGUUGAUACCAAGCGUGGAUCGAAUAGCCCAAUUAAUGCUCAAAGUGAGAAUGAGCAGGAAAUUCUGGACUUAGAGUUUGAAUUACAGUCCCUGGGAUAUCUGUUAGUACUGUAUCCCAGCGACCCCAUAAUAUGGGAAGGUAAAAUUUUCAACCUUUCCGAACAAACAAGGAUAAAAUUCGACAGUUUUUUCUCGAAAAAUCCCAUGGGUACGAUGACGCUGAUUAGUGAGGGGUCCAGUUAUGCCUUAGAGUACCAAUUUGAUCGAUUCCAACAAAUUGCUGGUUUGUCGGCUUCUUUCUUGGAGAAGAGGUGUUUACUAGAUGCCGUGGAAAACUCUUUGCAAAGAGUAAACAAGGCAUAUUUUGGUUGCACCUAUAGCAUGUUAAGGGAUUAUCCUAAGCUCGUCACCACCUUCAAAAAAUGUUCUCCUUCCACUGAAGUAUUAAAUGGUAUAUUUCUGUUUUGCCGAGACUUUGGUCGUAACUUUUUGAGGAAUAACAUUGCCAACGGUGAAAAGAAAUCGCUGAUUAUACUGCUGAUGGUUGAGGUAAGUGUUUCGUGGUUGAAAUUUUUAACAGAUGAAUGUGAUCCUAGCGACCAUAGAACAUUUAGGUGGUGUGUCACAGCUAUGGAAUUUGCCAUGCAAAUGAUAAGUGGAUGGAAUGUUUUGGCGUUAAAUGAAUCCCAGUUUAAGUCUUUGAAACAGAAAAUAUCUGCAUGUAUGUCCUUGUUGAUUUCACAUUUCGAUGUUAUGGGAGCAAGGGCUGUUGAGGUCGAAAAGAUGAAUCAGCAAUUGAGACCCAGUACUGACAUUGAUGAUGACUUCGAUGUUGACGCUAUCUUACAGGUCAACUCUGAGUUAAGAAUGAAGACAAUUGCCCAUUUAGAAGAGAGCAUUACGAGAAACCCACAUCAAAUUGGUAAAGUUUUGGAUGAUACGGAACAGGGCAACAAGUAUCUCUCAUCCUUGGCAUCGUCUAUAUCCAAUGUUUCUAUUAGAUGGCAAAAAAGAAAGUAUGUUGGUGGUGGUACUUUUGGUUCUGUUUAUUCAGCAGUAAAUUUGGACAAUGGUGAUAUUCUGGCGGUUAAAGAGAUCAAAAUUCAAGAUAGUAAAGCCAUGGAAAAGAUCUUUCCUUCUGUGAAAGAGGAAAUGAGCGUGAUGGAGAUGUUGAAUCAUCCAAACAUUAUCCAGUACUACGGUGUGGAAGUUCAUAGAGAUAAGGUGAAUAUAUUCAUGGAAUAUUGUGAAGGUGGUUCAUUGGCCAGUUUGCUGGAGCAUGGAAGAAUUGAAGACGAAAUGGUGACGCAGGUUUAUACCUUAGAGUUACUCGAAGGGUUAGCUUACUUGCACGAAUCUGGCAUAGUUCACCGAGACAUCAAACCGGAGAACAUUUUGCUGGAUUUCAACGGUAUUAUAAAGUAUGUCGAUUUCGGUGCUGCUAGGAAAAUUGCUAGUAAUGAAACGAAGAUACGUACCGCCGGAUCGGGAUCCUCCCCCGGAACGUCCUCAUCUACGGACAAUCUCCGUGAUAUGAUUGGUACCCCAAUGUACAUGGCACCGGAGACAAUUACAGGUUCCAAAACUAAGGGUUCCUUUGGUGUUGACGAUGUCUGGUCCUUAGGCUGUGUUGUGCUAGAGAUGGUUACUGGCAGGCGGCCUUGGUCUAAUUUGGACAACGAAUGGGCUAUCAUGUACCACGUCGCCGCUGGUCAUAUUCCGCAACUACCUGCAAAAGAUGAGAUAAGUGAAGCUGGUGCAAAGUUUUUCAAGCGCUGCCUAGUAUACGAUCCUAACAAACGUGCCACCGCUGUAGAACUUUUAAUGGAUCCAUGGAUUGUGGACAUUCGAGAGGUUGCGUUUGGGACGUCUGGUUUAGAUCCUAGUACAGAAACAAGCUAA